UAUAUCAAAGAGGCUGUUUUACACAGUGAUUACUCAACUCGUCGUUUAAUCGUUACAUUGCUUCCUGUUGAUACUAUCCGAGUAUUAAUUAUUAAAGGGUAACUAAAUCCACCUGAUAAAGUCGUACUGGAAUGUUUUAGCACGACUGUUAAAAAAAAGUAUUUUGAGAAGGGUUUUAUAACGAGAAGGGCAUCUCGCUGGUGCCGAACACGUCACUUCCGCUUCGACUGCUUUCGAGCCUCGAAUGCUAUUCCAGCAACAACAAGAAAGCAGGCCGCGUUAAAGCCAACCAUAAUCUAUCUACAACAACACAUUUGGCAAGCAACGAACACCACAGCCAGAUCCCUCCAAGAUGGCCAUGGUGAAGAGUGGCUGGCUCCAUAGGCAAAGCACCAUUCUGCGCCGCUGGAAGAAGAACUGGUUUGACCUGUGGGCCGACGGACGCCUCGUCUUCUACAACGACCAGCAGCGGAGGGACAUGGAGGAUGACAUCCACAUGAAGGUGGACUGCAUUAACAUCCGCGGUUCGACCGCCUGUCAAGAGCUGAACCCUCCUGAAGGGAAGACGCGUGAUGCUUUGCUUCAGAUCGUCUGCAGAGAUGGCCGGGUCAUCAGCUUGUGUGCAGACAGUGCAGAUGAUGCCCUGGCAUGGACCAUGGCGCUACAGGAUGCUAGAGUUAAUAUGAUGGUUGCAACUCCCCAGGUGGGCUUCACACCAGAAGUGAUGGCCUCCUCGCCGCCGCCUUACUCGGAAUACGCGCCGCCACCUCCGUUCUACUCUCCAGCCCAGUAUGGAGAGUACGCUGCAGGUAGUCCGCACGCAUCGCAGAUCGUGUACGCCGCCGACGGACAGCCCUACGCCGUCGCUUACCCUUAUCAGUACCAAGGCGGCUACAAUGCAGGCGGAGUCAACCGCGUGGUGAUUCAAGAGCGCCAGCGGGACAACGGCGGCGACGUUGCCAUGGGCAUGCUGGCGGGAGCGGCCACAGGUCUGGCGCUGGGGUCGCUCUUCUCCGUCUUCUAAGUGUGUGUGUUCUUGUAUGUCUAAUAUACUGCAGCAGCAGCAGCCCCCCCCCCACAUACAUUCCCUAAACAACUCUGUGAAGCAUGGCAGGAUGACAACACUUUUUCCACGGACCCUAAAAUAUUCAACUUCAGCACUUUCUCCA